UCCCCACUUACUAAGAUGUCUCCUUAGCCACUUGCACAUGCAUCGAGCUCUGAGGUAAGGCGAGAGCGCUAAAGAGAGGUUGUUCAUUGUUUGGUCCCAAACGUAGGCAGGAGUAAGAGAAAAGACUUGGCAAAACAGCUUCAACCCCACUCAAACCCAAGAUGAUUCUGAGAAGUUGUGCAAUGGACUUUCCGCUCUUGGUGGAAUGGAUAUAUUUUGUUUCGCUUCUUUGCUUAGCAGGAAAAUGCUGGGGACAAGCAUCAGUGUAUAGAUGGUUUACAGAUCUGCACAAAUUCUUACGUCCAAGCUGCACGUACUAAACCAGAGGAUGGCAGCGUAAUGUGCAGGGAGGUCAAUAUUUUUGGAAGAUGCAUUAAAGAUCUGGAUUGUGAAAUGCCUAAGUCUGCUCGGGACCAGGUCAUAGAAAAUCUCAGCAGAGAGCUUGCAAAUGCAGGGAUCAGCUGUCAUAUUGACCUAGAUGGUGUCACUACACGAAAGCCAGUUUCCACUAUACCUCCAGAGUUCAGUACAAAGCCAACAAGUUGAUUGUUGAACUCAUCAGUUGCAUCAUGGACUCCCCGUGUGACAAACGCAAAGCAGAACGCUGGAUUCGGGAAAGAGUGGAGAAGGAAUCAAGAAAGCCUGGUUAUCAAUGCGACAUUGAUCUCACGAAUCUGAGGAAAAGAGAGGACAACAGAGAUCAACAAGGUGAUUCGAGCAAGGUUGAUAAGUACAGAACCGACACUGACGACGAUGCAUUGGAUGACAGAAACUCAGGACCACCAACUAUAUUUUCACCUUUGAAUUGUUUUAUUGCCUUAACAUUGUGGAUUUCCCUUUUCGUUGAUAUAUUCUGAUCGUUUUUUUAAUGAAUAUGCACGAGUUACAUUCAGCCUUUGUGUCUUCCAAGUUUGGGGCUGGUCCAUAUUACUAAGUAGUAUGUAGGCCUAUUCGAAAUAUUUGGUAAAAAUGAGUAAGCAGAGCAUUGAUGGUAUCACACAUGGGCCAUUAAGUAAAAACAAUCAGGCUUUAUGUUAUAGUUUCUAAUAUAUGCAAAAUUCCAUUGUGUUCGUUAGUUUACAAAAGAUGAAUUUCUUAGUUUCACACAGACAAUGUCAGGCAACGUUGCACCAGGAACACCCCCUUUAUCUUUUAUUUUAUCCAACACUAUUUACUAAAUCGAGGACAAUUAAUAGAUAUAAAGCCCAUACUCGAUGUGAAAAAGCUGAUUUAGUGGAAGACUAAAUUGUUUUUCUUAGAACUGAUGAUAUGACACAAAUGCUAAGUGCACAUAAUAUAUGUUUUCUUAACUUAAAGGUACCUCAGUCGAGAGACUGAGAGAGUUAACGGACAAUUCUUUUUCUCAAAGUUGUUCACAGAUGGUUCUCAUUGUAUAGAAUUUUUUAAAUAUAUAAAUAUAUAGAAGUGACUAUGUUCAAUGUAAUAUAAUUAAUUAGUUUGAACAUCCAUGAAAUCUGACAUCUUCAUGUUUUAAAAACUGAUUCCAACAGGAUUCUGAAAGUUGGAUUGACAACACCUAUUGCACCUAUUGAACAGAGGUCUUAGAUAAAGCGAGGGGGGGGGGGGCAGAGUGGCACCUGAAGGUCACUUUCAAUAAGGAUUAAUUUUGAUACUAGGCAUGGUUAGUAUAUAUAUCUCACAACAAAUUCCUCUCUGAUCAGUCUUUCAGUUGUCAUAGAAACUGUAUAAUCUUGAAUUUUAGUUUUUAAGAAUAAAUGCAGACUGAACGGUUAAUCUGAUUUGCUUUUGAAAAGUAACGAUCAUAUCAUUUGCCGUUUCUAUUUCAAUUCAUUUGUGAAUUUGUUUCCCAACUUCUCAAACUUUAAUAGAGGUCAUUCCUUGAAUGUAAAAUACACUUUAUAGGCAGUCCAGUUGAAAACAGAAGUAGCUGCAUAUAAAAUCUCUGAAAAGUACUAACAGGAAGGAUUUUUGAAUGGACGCACCAUUAGCUCAUACGAUAUCAAGCUGGACUACAAUAUGGAUGGCACUGGUUCGAAUCCCCACCGGAGGAUUCUGAACUUGGGUUGUUUUUAAGGUUUUUCACCCAUUUGGAAGGGCCCUAUUGGAGAUAGAAGUUAAAUUCUGAGGUCCUGCCUCUUUAAUAACCUUAUAGUGUUGAAAGAGGCAUUAAUCUUAUACAAUGACACUGAACAAUGAGGAUUUUUGAAGGUCCCACACUCAUGUGUAGAUGUUAUGCUUGCUUUUGUGUGUUAAGACCUUACCCUACCCAAAGAACAAAGCAGGGGUUGUUUUUUUCUGAUAACAGAACUGUUUUCAGCAGAAUACUUUAUCAAAUCAAAUAAGCUGAGAAGUUUGAUUGUUGAUUGCAAGCUAUAUAGUUUAGCAAGAGAAUUGUUUUUUAGUCUACUGAGAUAUGUUCAUGUUUCAUUUUCUAAUAUUGUUUCAUGUCCUGUUAAUGCAAAGAACUGCUCAUCAAAAGUAUUUAUUAUUCUUGAUAUUAAUGAAAGUUUAGACGAGGAAAAAAGCAAAGGAAGGCAAUAAGACAUAAAAUAUUAGACGGAAACAAAGAAUGAAUGGAAGCAUGAAAAUCAGGAAGCAUGCCAGCUUAAUAGUAAGGCAUCAGACUCAUAGUCAAUAGAUUGUGAGUUUGAUUCCCAACUUUGCUCAGCAUACUGUAGUAUGUUUAGGAGCCGUACUUUACUCUCCUGUCUUCAGUUCAUUCAACUGAAUAAGGAAACUUGGUAACCGGCAGAGAUAGAAUAUUAUAAUAUGCUUGAUUGUGGUAUGUGCCCAACAAGAGGGCUAAGAAAACAUAAUGGAAUAGACUGGUCAGUCAGGGGAGUUGCUUUGAAGUCGUGUGAAACUUCAAUUGCAGGGGACACAUGACUACAAAUAAUCACUUUUUUUUCACCUCUAGAUCAGAGGUAGAAGGCAAGAGAUGAAGGAGGAGACCUAGCAGAGCUACACACAGAAACCUGGCUUGGAACCAAAACAACUCGGGAAGCAAAAUAGCAAGAGAAAAACUGUUUCAUUGCCGAAAGGUCCAAGCAGCCAGAUCAAAAUAUAGGAAAAACUGAAAAGAAGACCAGUCAACGUUUUGUGUUGAGUGAUUUCAAAGAAAAAUCAAAGCAAAAUUGUGACACAUUAUUUCUCAUCUACAGGACGACAGGGUAUUUGAUUGUGAUCACUGAAAAAAAAAGCACCAAAAAAAAACUGGUUUUGGGGAAUAAAUCAUUCAGAGUGCAGGCUAAACAAACCCAAGAAAAAUGAACAAAGCUAAAAGUAAAAAUUGGGCUCUAUUUCUUGCAAUACAAGUCCCCUCAUGACGCGAACCAUGCCUCUAAAAAAAGAUUUCCUGAUGAAUUGCAGAGAUCUUUUAAUUCUUGCUUAUCAUUUUUCAUGAAUCACACUUUGCCAUUUCAUCUUUUUUCCACAUCUGCUAUAUAUAGAUUUUCAGUUUUAUAUGAAUUUGUUAUUUAUUUAUAUUAUUAAUUUUUUAUUGCAAUUUAUUAAAUGCAUCGUUAUGACUGUUAACUUUCAUUAAAAAUGUAUUUGUUACUGAAAAACGAA